AUGUGGACAGAAAGUUACCAAUGGGCAAAACUGUCGAAGCAGGUGCCAUUAAAGAAUAGUACUGAGCUAGUUUGCUCAUACAGAAUUCCAGCUGGGUCGGAUUUAGAUUGCAAAAAUUAUGAAAAGCCAUGGGAGACCUUUGACGAAUACAAAGAGCAACAUUUUAGAGAGUGGGAAGUUAUAAUGCCCCGAGAAAAGGAAAAUUGGUUACACGGCACAUGCAAUUGCCCAAAGUUUCUCAAAGAUUACAUUUGCAAGCAUCUCGUUGGAUUGGCGAUUCGGCUUAAGCACGUCCAGCCACCUUCAGAGGCCAGAGCUAUUCCGAUUGGCAUGAAGCGCAAAAGAGGACGACCAGCCAAAGCUAAGAAAGCAUUAAUUGUGCAGUGA